AUGAACGGCGAACACAGCCAGGCCGACCCUGAACAUUCGGAACGCCGCGGAUCAAGCCUUCAACUCAGCCGGCAGUAUCGGUCAAAGAAGAAUCAACCGUCAGAUAUUGUGAUAGCUGUCGUCGGCGGAGGGUUGGCUGCGUUCGUGAAGUUGACCAAACCAGUUGUACUUUAUGCCGCUUCCGGGGAACCUCGUACUAAGACCAAGGCACCGCGUGAGUUCUCUCUGAGGCCGGUGAGUUCGAUACAUGCUCCGCCUCCGAGUAUUGAGCCAGAGGAUAUUACACAAACAUCUACCAUUUUCAAGAGUAGAACAUGUCUCUAUGGAGGACCCAGCAGUGAUCAAGACCCUCACUUACUCAGGCAUUUGGCCUUUGAUAGUACCAAUCGUUUCGGAGAUGCAAAUUGGAUGGUAUGGCGGAUGUUGCCGCGUGCUCAAGAUCCUGUCUUCUUCACAGUAAUUCCCAAUGCACACCUAGAUGCACAUGAAGAUAUAUACGAUACGAAGUGGCUAGACUCCAUCGUCUCCCCGUUUCAAGAUGUAGUUAUUGACGCCUAUUAUCGACAUGUGCACCCAACAUUCCCGAUCUUAGAACCACAACAGCUUUUGAAGCAAGCGAUUUCCGAGCAGCGAGUACCAGCAUCACUUCUUGGAGCAAUAUACACGAUAGCGCUACCUUUUCUCGAUAACUUGGGUCAAUUUACCUCCGGUAAAAAGCCAGAUGUGUAUGCGCUAUAUUUCUACGUCACAACAGCCCUGGGUUACGAGACCAUGACCCCAAGUUUGCGUACUGUCCAAGCAAACGUUAUCAUUCUACAGACCCCUCCUGUCAUAAUACGGGAACCUAAUCUACCAGGUGCUUGGACUCGUACCUCCUCGCUUCUCGCAUUAGGACAAGAGAUUGGUCUUCAUCUCGAUCCAACUGGGUGGAACAUCGAUCGACAGGAACAAAAGUCGCGCAAGAUUGCUUGGUGGAUAAUCUACGUGCAAGAGAAAUGGCUCUCGCACUGGCUUGGCUACCCAAGUCAUAUUCUCGCACACAGCUGGACAGUUCCGCCUCUAGCUAUCGGCGAUUUCUCCGACGAAAAGGAUACCAUUACUUUUGACAUGAUCAGUUCAGCCAAUAAGUUCAUUGCCCUCACAGAGUUGACUUUGAUCCUGGGUGAUGUUUUAUCCUCGUUUUACACCCAGCGUCCUGCGCGUCCGAAUGCAAAUCAAAUUCUGCUUGAGGAUGAACGUCGAAUAUUGCACCAACUAGAUGAAUGGAAGGUGAGGAAUCGGUGGUCAGUGACGAAUCCGCAUAAACUUCCUAAUGAAUACUUUAUUGUAUUUGCUUACUCUACAAUCCACCUAUCGGUCUGCAGAGCCGUGCACGCAAAAACAGAAUUCCCCAUCGAAGCUACCAAGGAACGUGCAAUGACUGUUUUCGAUGAUUUGAUACACGUCUUGAGCAACUUGCAACCUCAAGCUGUCGACAUGUUGUGGCUGAGCUACUGCAAGGGAUGCCUCACAUUCAUGGGGAAUUUUAUGAUUACGGUAAUGUUGUCGAGUGUAGAAGAUCGAUCGUUUGAGAGCGGCAAAAGAAGAUUGGAUGAGUAUAUGGCUUUGCUGGAGAGGAUAUCGAAGACGUUUGAGUUUUCGAAGUUGCCGUGUCAGCGGUUAAAUUUGAUUAUUCAGAGGUUGUUUUCGUCGAGGGAAUGA